GGAUUUUCCCUACUACCACCCCUAAAUAUUCUUCUCUCUUUCCACCCCCAUCCAGGAUUUCUGAAUGGUCCUGCUAGCUUUUUUUUCUUUGCUAACUUUGGCAUGGUUAGUUUGGACCAAAAUGGCAAACUACCCAAGGAAACUGGAAGUGGAAGGGCCUGCCCCAGACCAGCUGCUUGCUUCUGAAACUCUGGAUCUUCCCACCAAUGGAUCCCCCCUCCAACUCUCUGAAGCUUGUGGGUCGCAGCCCCCACUGAUGGGGCCCAGCCAGGACUCCGAAGGUGCCUCACAGCCGUGCCCUCCUCUAAACACGCAGGCCUCUGUGGGUGCCCCUAAGCAGCCAGAGCACCCCUCCUGCCCGUGCAAGCCCCCAAUUCCCCAGUCCGCCUCAGGUAAUUUGGCCCAGGGCUCCCCAGCCACGGAGUCGGCGAGGCCUCUGAGCCGGGUCAUCGUCCCUUCCUCAGGCCAGUCGCUGAGGCAAAUGGGGUCCCUCUCAGGAGAGGAACCAGAGAGCAGCAAGGCCCAAGUCAAGCGCCAAACAAUGACCAAGUUUGUGCUGGGCUCUUUCGAAGACAACUCUUCUGAUGACGAGCUUGUGGCCGGGUCCUUCAAAAUGGUGGGCAGGAGGAGGAGCAGCCUGGCCAGCGUCGGGUCCUCGUCCUCUGUGGAUUCCUCGUCGCUGAUCUCCCUGUCGGAGACCGGUGGGGUGAUGAGACCCAGCAUGUCGGGGAUGCACCUGAUCAAGAAGGGGCGUGAGCAAAGGAAACUAGACUUGCACAGGGACUUCACGGUGGCCUCGCCUGCAGAGUUUGUGACUCGUUUUGGAGGGAACCGUGUCAUUGAAAAGGUCCUUAUUGCCAACAAUGGCAUUGCGGCCGUGAAGUGCAUGCGCUCUAUCCGCCGCUGGGCCUAUGAGAUGUUCCGCAAUGAACGGGCCAUUAGAUUCGUGGUGAUGGUGACACCCGAAGACCUCAAAGCCAAUGCAGAGUAUAUAAAAAUGGCCGACCAGUAUGUGCCAGUCCCCGGAGGAACAAAUAAUAACAAUUAUGCCAAUGUAGAAUUAAUUGUGGAUAUUUCAAAAAGGAUUCAGGUGCAGGCUGUUUGGGCUGGUUGGGGACAUGCAUCGGAAAACCCCAAACUUCCAGAAUUGCUUCACAAACAUGGCAUUGCUUUCCUAGGCCCGCCCAGUGAGGCCAUGUGGGCUCUGGGGGACAAAGUGGCUUCCACCAUUGUGGCCCAGACGGUCCAUAUCCCCACAUUGCCUUGGAGUGGAAGUGGUUUGGUGGCUGAGUGGAUGGAGGAGGAGAAGGAGCAACCAAGAACCAUCACUGUCCCCCUGGAGACAUAUUGGCAGGGCUGCGUCAGGGAUCAGGAUGAAGGCCUGGAGGCCUCCGAGAGAAUUGGCUACCCUGUGAUGAUCAAGGCUUCGGAGGGAGGUGGCGGCAAAGGAAUCCGGAUAGUGGAAGCGGCAGAAGAGUUUCCCACCCGCUUCAGACAGGUGCAGAGUGAGGCUCCAGGCUCUCCGAUCUUUGUGAUGAAGUUGUUGCAGCACGCCCGUCACAUUGAAGUCCAAGUCUUAGCAGAUCAGUAUGGGAACGCGGUUUCGUUGUUUAGCCGGGACUGCUCCAUCCAAAGGAGGCACCAAAAGAUUAUUGAAGAAGCUCCAGCAACUGUAGCAGCCACGUCUGUGUUUGAAUACAUGGAACAGUGCGCUGUACGACUUGCCAAAAUAGUGGGAUACGUGAGUGCGGGAACAGUGGAAUACCUCUACAGUGAAGAUGGCAGCUUCCACUUCCUGGAGCUGAAUCCACGCCUGCAGGUGGAACACCCUUGCACCGAGAUGAUUGCUGAUGUUAACUUGCCUGCUGCCCAGCUUCAGAUUGCUAUGGGUGUGCCUUUGCACAGACUGAAGGACAUCCGAGCCCUCUAUGGAGAACCCCCCUGGGGGGAUUCUCCCAUUGACUUCGAGAGCCCCAGCAAUGUGCCCGUCCCCAGGGGCCAUGUGAUUGCAGCACGAAUCACCAGUGAAAAUCCUGAUGAGGGCUUCAAGCCAAGUUCUGGCACCGUGCAGGAGCUGAAUUUCCGCAGCAACAAAAACGUCUGGGGGUACUUCAGUGUGGCAGCCACUGGCGGCUUGCAUGAAUUUGCUGACUCUCAGUUUGGACACUGCUUCUCCUGGGGAGAGAACCGAGAGGAAGCCAUCUCAAACUUAGUAGUAGCUCUGAAGGAGCUGUCCAUCCGUGGGGACUUCAGGACAACAGUUGAGUACCUGGUCAAGCUGCUGGAAACAGAGAGUUUCCAGACCAACGAGACUGACACCAGCUGGCUAGAUCACCUGAUUGCAGAGAAAGUGCAGGCAGAGAAGCCAGACCCUAUUCUGGGCGUGGUCUGUGGUGCUCUCAACGUGGCGGAUGCUCUGUUCAGGACAUCUAUGGAUGACUUCCUGCAUUCGCUUGAAAGGGGCCAAGUCCUACCAGCAGCCUCACUUUUGAACAUUGUUGACGUUGAGCUUAUUUACGAAGGCAUGAAAUACUCACUCAAGGUCGCUCGCCAGUCGCUGACCACCUACGUCAUCAUAAUGAACAACACCCACAUAGAGAUUGACGUCCACAGGUUGAACGACGGGGGGCUCCUGCUGUCCUACGAUGGCAACAGUUAUACCACGUACAUGAAGGAAGAAACGGACCGAUACCGCAUCACCAUUGGCAAUAAAACCUGUGACUUUGAAAAGGAGAACGACCCAACAUUGCUCCGCUCUCCCUCCGCUGGGAAGCUCCUGCAGUACACAGUGGAUGACGGGGGACACGUCUGUGUGGGCCACAGCUAUGCGGAAAUCGAGGUGAUGAAGAUGGUGGUGACCUUGGCAGUGGAGGAAUCAGGCCUUGUCCAUUACGUGAAGCGGCCAGGUACAUUGCUGGAGACAGGCUGCGUUGUGGCGAGGCUUGAGCUGGACAACCCCACCAAAGUCCACCUGGCCCAGCUGUACACUGGUGGGCUGCCCACUCAACAGCCCCUGCCCAUCCUUGGUGAGAAAUUGCACCAGGUUUUCCACAACGUGCAGGAGAGCCUGAUGAACGUCAUGAAUGGAUAUUGUUUGCCAGAGCCGUAUUUCAGCACCAAACUCAAAGAAUGGGUCUUCAAGCUGAUGAAGACCCUCCGGGACCCCUCUCUUCCUCUCCUGGAGCUGCAGGAGAUCAUGACGAGCAUUUCAGGCCGCAUCCCGCCAUCUGUGGAGAAGUUGAUCCGGAAAGUGAUGGCCCAGUAUGCCAGCAACAUCACCUCAGUGCUGUGCCAGUUCCCCAGCCAGCAAAUUGCCAGCAUUCUGGACAGCCAUGCAGCCACUCUGCAGCGGAAAGCUGACCGGGAGGUCUUCUUCCUGAACACCCAGAGCAUCGUGCAGCUAGUUCAGAGGUAUCGCAGUGGCAUCCGAGGCCACAUGAAAUCAGUCGUGUUGGAUCUCCUAAGGUGUUAUUUGCAGGUGGAGACCCAGUUCCAGCAAGCUCACUACGACAAAUGUGUGAUCCACCUACGCGAGCAAUACAUGCCCGACAUGACCCCGGUUCUGGAAUGCAUUUUCUCCCAUGCGCAGGUGGCAAAGAAGAAUCUCCUGGUGACGAUGUUGAUUGACCACCUUUGUGGCCGAGACCACACCCUGACCGAUGAGCUGAUGGCCAUUCUGAACGAGCUGACGCAGCUUAGCAAAACAGAGCACUCCAAAGUGGCCUUGAGGGCCAGGCAGGUGCUGAUUGCCUCCCACCUCCCUUCCUAUGAACUGAGGCACAACCAGGUGGAAUCCAUUUUCCUCUCAGCCAUAGACAUGUACGGACACCAGUUCUGCCCUGAAAACCUAAAGAAACUGAUCCUUUCUGAAACCACCAUCUUUGAUGUCCUGCCUACUUUCUUCUAUCACUCCAACCAGGUGGUCCGCAUGGCAGCCCUUGAGGUGUAUGUGAGGAGAGCGUACAUCGCCUAUGAGUUGAACAGCCUCCAGCAUCGCCAGCUCACGGACGGCACCUGCGUGGUGGAAUUCCAGUUCAUGCUGCCAUCGUCCCAUCCAAACAGAGGCAGCAGCCCCGCCCUGAGCAGGAUGUCUGUGCCCAUAAGCAUCUCAAACCCUGACUUAGCCCGGCACAGCACUGAACUCUUCAUGGACAGCGGCUUUUCUCCUCUUUGCCAGCGGAUGGGGGCCAUGGUGGCUUUUGACAGAUUUGGAGACUUCACCAGAAACUUUGAUGAGGUCAUUUCCUGUUUUGCUGACCCCAACCCUUCCGAGAGCCCCUUGUUCAGUGAGGUGAGGGCCACGCUGUACGAUGAAGAAGACAGCAAGAACCUCCGAGAGGAGCCCAUCCAUAUCCUGAAUAUUGCUGUUCGGUGGGCAGAGCGCCAUGAAGAUGAGGAGCUGGUGCCCGUCUUCAGAGCCUUCGCUCAGUCCAAGAACAACAUCCUUGUUGAAUGUGGGCUCCGAAGAAUCACAUUUUUGAUAACCCAGCAGAGGGAAUUUCCCAAGUUCUUCACAUUCCGGGCACGAGAUAAGUUUGCUGAAGACCGCAUCUACCGCCACUUGGAGCCGGCGUUGGCCUUCCAGCUGGAGCUGAACCGCAUGCGCAACUUUGACUUGACAGCAGUGCCUUGCGCCAACCACAAGAUGCACCUUUACCUGGGUGCUGCCAAGGUGGAGGAAGGCACUGAAGUCACAGACUACAGGUUUUUUGUCCGUGCCAUUGUCAGACACUCGGACCUGAUCACCAAGGAAGCCUCAUUUGAAUACUUGCAGAACGAGGGCGAGCGGCUGCUCCUGGAGGCCAUGGAUGAGCUGGAAGUGGCCUUCAGCAACACAAGUGUCCGCACCGACUGCAACCACAUCUUCCUCAACUUUGUCCCCACCGUCGUCAUGGACCCCUCCAAGAUUGAGGAAUCGGUGCGCUCCAUGGUGAUGCGCUAUGGGAGCCGUCUGUGGAAACUCCGGGUCCUGCAAGCUGAAGUGAAGAUCAACAUCCGCCUGACGCCAACUGCCCAGGCCAUCCCCAUCCGCCUCUUUCUCACAGAUGAGUCGGGCUACUACCUGGAUAUCAGCCUCUACAAGGAGGUCAACGACCCCAGCACGGGAAAUAUCAUGUUCCACUCCUAUGGAGACAAGCAGGGGCCUCUGCACGGAAUGCUCAUCAACACUCCAUACGUCACCAAAGACCUGCUCCAAUCCAAGCGCUUUCAGGCCCAGUCGCUCGGCACCACCUACGUCUACGACUUCCUUGAGAUGUUCCGGCAGGCUCUGUUCAAGUUGUGGGGUUCCACGGAAGCAGACCCUGCAGAUGUCCUGACCUACACGGAAUUAGUGCUGGAUUCUCAGGGGCAGCUGGUACAGAUGAACAGGCUGCCUGGAGGAAAUGAGAUUGGGAUGGUGGCCUUCAAGAUGAAGAUGAAGACUCCUGAGUACCCCCGAGGCCGUGACAUUGUGGUCAUUAGCAAUGACAUCACCUACAAGAUGGGGUCGUUUGGGCCGGAGGAAGACCUCCUCUUCCUGCGUGCUUCAGAGCUGGCGCGCAGCGAAGGCAUCCCCAGGGUCUACAUUGCAGCCAACAGUGGGGCCCGCAUUGGGUUUGCUGACGAGAUCAAGCACAAGUUCCAGGUGGGCUGGGUGGACCCUGCAGAUCCAUACAAGGGCUUCAAGUAUCUGUACCUGACCCCGCAGGAGUACACCAGAAUCAGCUCCACAAACUCUGUUCACUGUGAGCACGUGGAGGAAGCCGGUGAGUCAAGGUACAUCAUCACCGAUAUCAUUGGCAAAGAAGAAGGCUUUGGUGUGGAGAACUUAAGAGCAUCAGGCACCAUCGCUGGGGAGUCUUCUCUUGCCUAUGAUGAAAUUGUCACCAUCAGCAUGGUGACCUGCCGUGCCAUCGGAAUCGGGGCUUACCUGGUGAGGCUGGGCCAGCGGGUGAUCCAGGUGGACAAUUCCCACAUCAUUCUGACCGGAGCUGGAGCUCUGAAUAAGGUCUUGGGCCGUGAAGUGUACACUUCAAACAACCAGCUUGGAGGAGUGCAGAUCAUGCACAAUAAUGGCGUUUCCCACCUAACAGUUCCAGACGAUUUUGAAGGCGUCUACACUAUUCUGCAGUGGCUCACAUUUAUGCCAAAGGACAAUCGUAGCCCUUUGCCUAUCACCACCACAAGAGACCCCAUUGACAGAGAAAUUGACUUUGUCCCUUCCAAAGCCCCUUAUGAUCCCCGGUGGAUGCUGGCAGGGAGACCUCAUCCCACUGUGAAGGGAUCCUGGCAAAGCGGCUUCUUUGACCACGGCUCUUUCAUGGAGAUAAUGCAGCCCUGGGCCCAGACGGUGGUGGUUGGCAGAGCCAGGCUGGGAGGGAUCCCGGUGGGUGUGAUUGCAGUGGAGACCCGAACAGUGGAGUUGGCAGUACCAGCUGACCCAGCAAACCCGGAAUCAGAAGCGAAGAUAAUCCAGCAAGCUGGACAGGUUUGGUUUCCGGAUUCAGCCUUUAAAACAGCCCAGGCUAUCAGAGACUUUGACCGUGAACGCCUUCCACUUUUGAUUUUUGCCAACUGGAGAGGAUUCUCUGGUGGGAUGAAAGACAUGUAUGACCAGGUGCUGAAGUUUGGGGCGUUUAUUGUGGACAGCCUUCGGCAAUUCAAGCAGCCAGCCCUCGUCUACAUCCCACCCCACGCCGAGCUCCGCGGGGGCUCCUGGGUGGUGAUUGAUCCAACUAUCAAUCCUCUUCACAUGGAGCUGUAUGCAGACAAGGAGAGCAGGGGGGGCAUCUUAGAAGCUGAAGGCACUGUGGAGAUCAAGUUCCGGAGGAAGGAGCUGCUGAAGACCAUGAGGAGGAUUGAUGCCACCUAUGCCAGCAUUGCUGAGCAGCUGGGUUCCCUGAGGCUCUCUGCAGAGGAGCACAAGGAGCUGGAGAAGCAGCUGAAGGCCCGCGAGGAUUACCUCCUCCCCAUCUUCCACCAGGUGGCAGUGCAGUUUGCUGACCUCCACGACACGCCAGGGAGGAUGCAGGAGAAAGGAGUCAUUACAGACAUUCUCCAGUGGAAAAAUGCCCGGGCGUUCUUCUAUUGGCGCUUGCGGCGCCUCCUGCUGGAGGAAGUUGUGAAGGCAGAGAUCCUAGAGGCUCACAGCGAGUUAAGCAACAGCCACAUCCAGUCCAUGCUGCGACGAUGGUUCCUGGAAACGGAGGGUGCCGUGAAGGGCUACCUCUGGGACAACAACCAAGUGGUGGUGGAAUGGCUUGAGAAGCACCUGCAAGAGGAAGAUGGGGCCAAGUCUGCCAUCCGGGAGAACAUCAAGUACCUGAAGAGGGAUUACGCCCUCAAGCACAUCCGGAACUUAGUUCAAGCAAACCCCGAAGUUGCCAUGGACUGCAUCAUUCACAUGACCCAACACAUCACUGGUGCUCAGAGGGCCCAGAUCUCUCACCUCCUGGCAACGAUGGACAACCCUUCCUCCUCGUGACUAGGGCACGGCUGCAGCAGGAACAGCCCCACGCCCACCAUCGGCCUCUUUCAGACCUGACAGCCUCGAGCAGGGGUCAACCAGCAGUUCCUAGAGCACAGCCAUGUGGCAGCUGCAGUGGAACGGGCCUUUGGAGGACAGCUGCCUGUCCUGCACCUGAGCACAAAAUUAUUCGCAGCUGCUUGGCUGGCUAUCAACCAAAGGUCAUCUGCAAGUAUAUGUUGCCCAGCUACUGGUGUCCAAGACAAGUCUCGCCAGGUGUUUUCACAUAAAAUUGUAUUGUCUUUAUAAAAAAAGGUGGGAGUUUCUUCUAAAAGUUGCUCUUUCUCAUAGCAAAUAUGUUAAUAUACGUGCACAUUGUCAUGGGGGGGGGGCUCUACUGUUCAAGCUUCUAAUAAA